AUGUCUUCUUCGAGCUCGUCAUCCGACGGUGUUCUUGAUGAUAUGGUUAUCGCCAUGGCGCAGGAGGCAAUGGAUUAUUUGCAAGAAGCCGAAUCCUCUGCAUCGCGUACCAGACAACCGCCUAUUGAACGAAAUCGGUUAGCUGCUCAUGAACGUCUAGUGCAAGAUUAUUUUUGUGAAACUCCCGUGUACGAUGAUGAUCAGUUUAAGCGUAGGUUUCGUAUGAACCGACGACUAUUCGUUAAAAUUUCCAAUGAUCUUGGGGGCGAAUCCCCUUUUUUCACGCAAAGGGUAAGUGCAAGUGGCAAGGUUGGUUUCUCUGGACUACAAAAGUGUACGGCAACAAUUAGGCAACUAGCCUACGGCACAUCGAUUGAUGCGUGGGAUGAGUAUUUAAGGAUGUCGUCAAGAAUGUGUCGUGAGUCUCUUGAAAAUUUUUGUGAAGGUGUAAUCUCUCUGUACGGGAGACGAUAUUUGAGGAUGCCAACCGCAGCCGACGUUCCAAUUCUAUACGAGGCCCAUCAGCGCUUACAUGGGUUUCCUGGAAUGUUGGGAAGUCUUGAUUGCAUGCACUGGGAAUGGGCGACAUGCCCAACCGCUUGGAAAUGGCAACAACAUCAUGGUGACCACGAUGGUCCUACCGUAAUAUUACAAGCGGUCGCUUCUCAAGAUUUAUGGAUUUGGCAUGCGUACUUUGGCAUGGCCGACGGUAUUUAUCCCGAGUGGGCGACGUUGGUAAAAAGUCUUUCGUGUCCAGAUGACGAAAAAAGAUUGUAUUUCAAGAAAAAACAAGAGUCAGCAAGAAAAGAUAUCGAGUGGGCUUUCGAGCAUUUUGUGGAGAAAGCUAUGAUGAAAGUAUCCAACCGGCAAACCCAAGCUGAGAAAGAAGAUAUCCGAGCAAAGAUACGGGCUAGGCACAUACACCAAAACCUUCGAGCCGAUCUGACAGAGCAGCUAUGGUUUUAUCGUGAACAAGGAGGACUCGACACAGACGACGAGUAG